AUGAGCAUUUGAGACGCAUGCUGAUCGAUGCCUAGUCGAUGAAGUCUUCGAAGACUUCGUGGUUCCACACCUUGCUCGUCGUUUUGUUCUUCAUCUUCGGCUCGAUGCUUUUAUCGUCGGUUAUUUUCGAUCGAAGACAACGAAACCACAAGCACGACGGAAACAAGCCCGCGCUUCGCACCUCGUGAAGAAAUUGUUUCGCUUGUAAGUAGUCCGUUGUCUUCUACUUUGUAGAAACUACUUCUUGCACUGAUAUUUUGGAACAAAUGGAUUGAUGAGAGAUCCAAUGAAGUCGGUGGAUUUGGACGACCAUCAGUUGUACAAAAAUUAGAGACCAGCUCAACCUGUCUUGAGCAGCAGAUGUAGUUGCCGAUGUUAAAGAGAUGAUGUUGAAGUCUGUCAAGUUUAUUUUUAUCUGUUGAACUCCAUGAAGAAGAGGUCCGUGGAGGCCAGUACAAGUACAAGUUGUAAAAAAACCGAAAAGAUUAUUAUACAGAACAACCAAGAUGAAGAAAAUGUUGGUGAAGCAAUAUCAGCAUGAGGUGAAAAUUGAAUUUGAAAAUGUGUGAGAACUACAAUGUACAAUAGGAAGCCCUAAUAAAAACCCUUGUUUGCGGGUUACACGAUGUUGACCAGGCCCAGGCUACUUAUCGUUAUUUCCCUCUAGUUCAUCUAGUUCUUCAUCUGGUCCACGUCUAAACAAGAAAUAAAAUUAAUGGUCGUCCCGCUUGUCCCACCGGUGGGUUUCCCACCAUCCUUCGGAUCGCAUUAUCUUCCGUCAACAGGAGAUGCAGAAUCGACGUCGUCAUCCGUGAUAAAAAUGGUUCCUGUACUAGCUGCACCUGUGCCUCGUCCAUCUUCUGAGUCUCGUCCUAUUAUAGUUGGAGGUAUUGCCGUACAACAACAUGCAGGAGCUCCUGUACAGGAGCAUGAACAUGCUCCUCCAGCAGAAGGAGGACCACAAGCUGAACAUGCUCCUCAUCGUCAUUCAUCUUCCGGACUACAUCCACUACCGGCAGCUCGGCCAUCAGGAGAGGAGUUUCUUCAGUUGGAUCUUUUUCCUUCUUUUCCGCUCAGUACUCCGCCGCCACUGGGAACAAACGGAAAUUUCAGAGAGGAUCAUACUGAUAUGGCUAUUGUUUUUGGCUAUCUUAAUGUUAAUACUUAACUAUUUUUGUUUUUGGCUAAGUAUCUUGAUUUGGCUAACUAUCUUAAUUUGGCUAAUAUCUUCUUCAUACUUUUGCUCAACCCUGGAUUGUCCUAGUCGCAUUUUUCAUUUUCCGGGUACUAAUCUUAACUCAGAACAAGCAGAGGACUCUCAUUUGGACUUCGAUCUUGACUUCUUGUUUUUCUCCUAUUUUUAGUAUGACCAUUCCAUUUGUCACUUUGGUAGCUUGUUUUAGCCUUACAACUCUACUUUACCUGUUCUAAUCUCAACCUUCUUGACCAAGACAACGUCCUCCUUGCAGCGCCUCGAGGUCUCAGUUCACGGCUCACGACUUCAGCGGUAGCGGAAGAACUUCAGCUGCACGCACAAGUACACACGACUGGUGAACGUGAAGUACAAGUAGAUCAACAUCAAGAUCAAGAUGAUUUAGUGCGAACAAUGAGUGGUGUACUUUCUGUAUUCGAGGACGAGAAUGCUGCUGGUGUACUACUCGAAGGUGGAGGACCGCGACAGGAGGAUUUCAAUAUUCAAGAGUCGAACAAUCAUAUCCCUGGAAAAAGUAAAUCGAAACCUUCUUUGUCAAGCAAAGAUUCCGUAGUCAUAUCGUCUUCUUCGACGAACUAUAGCUAUACAGGUCGUCGUGGUGCUACUCCUGCACAUGAAGAUACCAGCACCAAGACCGCGAACCAAGACCGCGAACAGCUCGUCGUCCGGUUACACAAAGCGGAAACCAGAAUACGAGAAAUGGAUAGACAGUACUUGUCUUGCUUUUCCUUUAUUCCCUCUAUGUUGAGUCGAUCACCAAGAAGCUAUGCGUCCUCUCGUGUGUCUGUAUGUGGCGGUCGUGUAUCUUCGUUCUGCAUAAUGUACUAGCAUCUCUCCAUUUAUUUCAUUACAACAACCGAAAAAAUGCCAACCACGAGAAGGAGAAGAAGAAAAAACUUUCGUCCACGAAGGUUUGAAUUCGAGGUAGCUCGAGAGGUGGAAAAAUAUCAACGGGAGACGGUGGACCCAGCUACGUCAAGGCUGCAGGAAAUUAUCCAGACAUUAGAGGCCGUCAAUAGGGAACAAGAGGAGGAGUACCUGAGACAGACGCAGGAACUUUUGUUAUGGUUCUUAGAAUCAUACUCAAUAUAAUCAGGCGAAUUCGAAUUUCUUUGUAGUUGGUCCAUCGAUACCGUGUCCGUGAUGCCGGGGUGUAACAAUUAUUACACGGCGGAGCCAUAGACUCAAACUAUUUGUUUAUAGUUUUCUUCAACUUCUAACUCCCACUCGCCUCCAUUCGCAGCAAGUGCAAGAGCAGCCUGAAGACGAAGAAAAGCAAACUCAAGGUCGCGCUCGCCUUUCCACUGGUGGUGCUUCUAUCGCAACUUUAGUAUCUACGUCGCAACAACAAGCUGUUGCAGAUGCGGUGGACGCAUCACUUCUUGCAGGAAGAGGAACAACUCAACAUCAGCAUACUGCCCUAGGGGCAUCUGCUUCAUCAUCAGCAACAUCAUCGAUGAAUCAUAUUAGGACCACGGGAUCUCUAGCUAUACUAGGCUCUUCUUCAUCAUCAAGACCAGUAGGAGGACCAACAAGGAGAUCAUCCUCCUCAUCCUGCUAUCAAGAACAACGUUUCAUAGACGCAAGACGAAAUCGACGGAUGGCAUCAUGGCGCAACCGUCUGACAAUGCGCUGCACGUUCCUACACUGGAAGACGUAUGCCUCGAAGUGCCUCAGCAACGGCUCUCUUGCACGAUCAGCAGUACAGUAUUGCUUGCAGUUGAUGCAGGAGAAGGCGGAGACGGGGACGAGGACGAUCGCAGCUGGAGGUACAACUAGUGGACGAGGAGCAGGACCUCCAUUGGUGUAUGAUGAUGUUGAACUUGAUCAUCUAAAUCCAGCUUCUUCCUCAGCACAACAUGCAGCAACAAGACCUAGGGCUACAUCUGCUGCUGCCUUGUCAUUAUUGCGGACUUCCUUAGAUGCGAGUAUCGCCGGAUGUGGUAGUGCAUGUUCCACGCCAGGAGGAACAAGAGUUGGGACAAGGCGUCGGAGGUCUACUUCAGGUGGACAUCAGCUACAACAAAUGCAGAAUGUUCAUCUUUUUGACAGGAGAAAUACUAGGAGAACAUCAAGUAGAAGAAUGAGCGCCGGUGGUGCUUCAUCUUUAUUAGAUGAAGAAGGUGCUUCUUUAUUGGAUCUCGAAGGCUUGCCAAGUAGAAUAAACGACUCUUCUUCUAGUACAUCAGCGUUGGUUUGUCUCUCCAGACCCUUACUCGUAGCCAAUAGCGCUUUGGUUUUGGCCUUUUACUACGAUUCUCUGCGAAUGCGCACGUUUAGCACUUGGAAAACAGCGAAGUAUCUGGCAGAUGCGGAGCGAGCGAGAGAGGGUUUUCGCUUAGACCUCCGGAGACACGAGGACACCAGUGGUGCUGAACUGCAAAAUUGCAAGCGCUUACUGCGUCAACAGGCAAGAAAAUCAGCAGCUACGUUCGUCAAUGUGCGAGAUUUCAUGACGCUGAAAUCUAUGGUCUUCGGAUGGUGCAAGCUGGCUCUGCGCGGUCGCGCUACCUGUGAGCGCGAAGUGGCAAUCGAAUGCUGUCGAGAGAAAGCAUUUGUGUCGCUCUGGCGUCGUCGCGUCUUGAGGGCUAAGCGGCACUCGUUUGGAGGUUGGAAGCAAGUAGUAGCUUUGCAAAGAUACUUGAACUCUCUGCAGAAGACUAACCACACAGUCCUGCGUUCCGCCAUUCGAGGCUGGCGCAAGCACGUCCGACACAGUAAGACAACGCUGCGCGUACUAGACAAGCAAUUAGAAGAGGCUUCAGCGAAGAGUGCCACUAGCACUGCAGAGCUGUUUUUCGAACGGUUGGAAGGAUUGGUGCGCGAGAAAUCGAUAAAUAGCACCAUAGUCGAACAGGAACGGUUCAACGACAUGGCGCAUUACCAAUUGGACGCUACGAGGAUGGAUUUGGGAAUAGCAAAUGCGAAAUUAGAGGCUUACUCGGAAUUGGUAAUGCGAACUCGAGUUCGAGAAGCAGAGUUGGAGGAGAGAACGAUGAGUUUGUGUUUCUCGAAUUGGCGAAACCAAGCACAGACCUCCUUGUGUGCGGCAAUGGCUAGAGGAAAGGAGCACGCUACCGACAUAGCGAAGAAGGCAGAACGAGCGCGUGAUUUCGUUUUGGAGAGAAGCAUGAAGUAUGAAGAUGGGCAAAGAAGGUUCUUUAUUUUCACUUCUUGGUCGACGGCUGUGGCUCAGGGAAAGAGAAGGCGACUGUGCGGAGCAGGGAAACUAGCCAAAUUUUGGCGAACCUACGUCGAGCAAGCGGACCAGAGAGACACGCUGCUGGGGCUCUGCUUAGAUGGGUGGCGCAGCAUGAUAAGAUAUGAGAGUGGCUUGCUACAUAUAACCUUACAUACAGUCUAUAUAAGUAGGAAGCAUAGGGAAGCGUGGAGGGAUAGGGUAUCCAAGGAACUAGUGGCUAGAUUUGCCACAAUGGAUGACUGCCUAGAAAGAGAGCGAUGGAAGAUCAUAGCUGAAGGAAAGGCAAACGACCCCCCCCCUCCUCCACCAUCGACAUCUUCAGCGCAGCACUUCUUCUUCUCAAAUCCUUCUUCCACAGGAUCCACCUCAACUAGCACUAGAACUAGAAUGUCAGCGCCAGCACCAACGGCAACAGCUUCAGCUUCAUCAUCAUCACCUUCAACAACAGGACACAACUGGCGAAAUAGUAGCAUUGGAAGCAAAUAGCGAGCAAGUAGAAGCGCCGCAUCCACAUAGUCAACUUUUUCAACACAACAGUUUCAACAUCAGGGAAAUCCGUAAAACUCAGAAGAGAUUCAGGGAAGUCGUAGGACAAUUCCGAACCGACUAACAUCAUCAAGUAGGAAGCAUAGGCAUUUAGCAAAUGAUUGAACUAGCAAGGGAGCAUUCAUUCUUGUAUUGGACGUCGAUAUCUACGCGGUUUUUAGUUCUAGUUUAUUUAGUGCCGAAUACAUGCUCAUCAUGCUCUAAAACCAUUCGCAGCCGGAAUCUACCACCAGAGUCGCCGACCUUGUCUACGUACAGCGUUUGCGUGGUCUCCAAGCCUCUGUCGAUAGGAGUCAAUCUAGCAAAAUGCGGACGCGCUUAGCAUUUCGUGCGUGGACAGGUGCUCUCCGAUGGGCUAAGGUACUAUUAUCCGAUCUUCCUAUGAAGAUUGGUCGGAGCGCGAGCAGCAGCACAUCAACGAUUAGUGUCGCCUUCUCGGCAUGGACUGAAGUGGUGUCCCGAAGUCGCCAACAUGAAAGCAUUGCGGAAAUUCUAGAGAAGAAGCAAGUAGCACAGUGGUCACGUGAUUUGUGCAGGGCGUGGAGGGAGGUGGCAGUAGAAGCGUCGAAGAGUCGAGAGGUGUCCAGUAGAUUAGGAAUUGCUUCUGAAGUAGUUGUAGGUACGAGUGAUGUACUUCAUCAGCUUCAGUCAGCUGCAGCACCCGCGUCCUCAUCUUCUUCAACUCUCCUGGAGCAUUUUCGUCACCGGGACCGACGUUUGUGCAAAAGGUACAUCACCGUACGGGAAGCUUUCCAGGGACGGCAACUGUGCGCAGUCGCUUUCCGAAGUUGGGCUGAUUUCGUCCAGGAGAGUGUGAGAACGCGCCGUGCGGACGCUGAGGACCGAAGAUUAGUAGACGCCUUUCUCUUUGCCAAAAAGGUAGCGCGACGACCCUUCCUCAAACUCUUGCAUGACGACAUGCACUAUGCGAAUGCGCGACUGGUGUUUAAUGCGUGGAAGACGGAGGCAAUGCUGUCAAGAACAGGAGGAGGUCGGAACAUCAUCAAAUCUUCUGCUGUUGUACCAGAUGAGUUAAGGCUAGAAGAAGAAAUCUCCCAUUUUCAGAAGCAUCCUGACGAGACCGUUUUCAAGGGCAGAAAGGUCCUCGGAUGCGUCUCAAGAUGGAUCUCUCUUGGUUCUAACAGAUGAGAGAGACAGAGAAUCUCUGCUGAUGCUAGCCUCACCAUCAAGAAGAAGAAGAUCGUCGGUUUCAUCGUUGCCCGACGGUGCUGGCCCUGGUUUCGAACAGCAGAAACGCAAGAGUAGACCCGCACCCGCAGCAUCCUCUUUGCUUUCGAUCACAGCACCAACGAGGGUAAAUAUCUCUCCGCUCCGGAAAAACAUGCAGGAGAUUUUUUUCGCAACUACAGCGGGUAGUUCCUCUAGUGGAGGAAGUAGUGCAGGAGGCACCACAACAGCUGAUGUGGAGCAAGACGGCGCAGCGCUACUAGCAUUGCAGCGCGAGGAGCACUCACUAGAUGCGAGAAGAAGAACAGAACAUCAUACAAUACAGCUCGUCGACAGUAUCUCCGAGAAUUUCCUUUCAUCAUCAAAGCAAACGACAGCGAAGCUGACAGCGCUGAAUAUCCUCCGAGGAUGGCGACAUCUAGCUGCGUCAAGUCGAGCAAGGAAAGGCUUCGCACAGGAAAUCAAUGGAUUGCGUUCCGUGACAUUGGACCUGCUAGGAGACACCUUGAGCCGUCGCAGCUUAGAUCGGACGAAGAAGGCAGCGUUUGAGGCGCUGAGGUUGAACACGAAAGCAAAUGGUGAUAUUAGAGCAUCUUCAAAUGCUGGUGAACGACAGCAAAGUAGAUAUUCAUCUUCUACGGAGAGAACUACUACUGCAACAACUCCAAGAGGAAGUUUCUCAUUCAUGAAGCGUCCUCGUAGUAGUACUUCCGUGCCACCGGCCGCAAUGUCGAGGCGAGGAACUUCUACCUUCAAUACAACAGCUCACGACCCAGGAGAUCGCACACCCUCUACUUCCAAAUCGACAAUAGAAGGACCUGCUCCUGCUCCUUCAUCUAGCACAGAAGCUGCACAACACAGACAAACAGCCUGGCCAGCCUUCGGACACGACCUAGGCGGUUCGUCAACAUCUUCCGCACCUUCUCAAUUUCAAAAAAAAAUUGAGACAUCUUCAUCAAAAAUUCCGAGGCCUCCUCAAUUUCAACAAAGACCUGCUGCUUCAUCAAAGAAUGGUAAUCAUGUUCAACAUAAUCAUGACUUGUGGAUGAAGCCGGGCUACGUCUCUGGCGGUGCAUCUGGAAGUAGUUCGUGUUGUAGUACCUCUGCUAGUUGUGGACGAGGAUAUGAAGAUGAGGAGCAAGAUCAUGAUUCUGCUGUCACGGCGUGGAUAGAAGCGGAUGAUUCGUCUUGUUCAGCUGGACGGACCCCAAGCAAUCCUCCACCGUCAGCACUUACGAGAACCACAAGUGGUGUGUUGCAUACUGUGGUAGGUGGAUCUUUUGCUGGAGGUUCUAGUUCUAGUAGUUCGAAAAUUAUACCUGCAAAAAAUAAUACGAGGACAGAAGCUGCUGGACAUGAUGAUCCUCCUGCAGCCUCUACAUCUCUCAUCCUCGAACGCGAUGAAAGGCCUGUUAGUUGUACCAGCAGAACUACGAGGAACCCAACAAUUGCUACAACCUCGUCCGCUUCCAGAGCAGCUUCAGUAGUCUCUUAUCCGGGUAGUGCAAGAACCACUAGAGCAGCCACAACAACAGCUGCCUCUUCUAUUAAGGGUAGGUUAUAAAGGUGCUUUUCUUACCGCUUUUUAUGCCUCUCUCCCUUAGGAUGAGAAAGGCAUAACAAGCGGGGUAAGCGAGCACCAAAAACCUACCUCUAAUUCUAGGGGAGCAACAACGUCGACGACGCCAGCAUCUACGUCUACGAGAAGAGCGCGCAUAAAACCUCCAGUUCCCGUGUUUGCGCAUCCAGCGCCAUCGCCAGGUGGAGGUGCGAAUCAAAAUUCAUCGGGGGGAGCUCUGACACCAGCGUCCCCACAGACUGCUCAACUACACACUUCAUCUCCAUCCAUUAAUUUGAAGAUGCUCCCCACAACCACAAGAGGAACAUCAUCCUCAAAAUCCUUACAACAUUCGCCAACACUGACUCCUGGUGCUGGUGCUACUUGUUCGGGCAAUGAUCGCUCCUCUACUAGGUCGCCGUCCGGUCUUGCAGCAAGUAACAUCAAACCACCACCUGCCUUUCGUACCGCGUUUGACCCUGAGUUGAGGGCUGUAUUGGACAGGGAUAGGAGUGUCGGACGUCGAGACAGGUCUGGUGGUGCAAAGGUGGUAGAUACUUCGAGGUCCUGCUCUAGAAGGGUGGUUGAGCAGGAUGUCUCGAAUUUGAGCGCAUUGAAUGUAGGACUGGUGGUGGAUGAGAAGUAAAGCCAUUACAUGCUCGGGAGUUGAAGCAGUUCUCGUAGAUUGGUUGUAGCAGACAACGAGAGCUUUGUUCUUCUUGUAGCCGAACUAAGUAGAAAGCAUUUAACGUGUGAACUGUUUUUUUCUCUUUCGAGUGUCUACUGUGAUUAUAUCGACGAAAUGUAGAAGAAACGCAUACGCAUGAGCAAAGAAAGAUGAG